GCCCACAAAUUGUAGUCAAAUGUUGAUAUUGUAAUUUCUAAUUUUAAGCACCUUUGUCUAUCUCGAUCUCGACACUGUGAAACAGUUUCCAUGGCGGAUUUCGGAGAGCUCGAAGCCCAGGACGGAUUGAGGAUGCCAUGGAACGUCAUCCCAGGAACCAAGGAAGAAGAAACUAACUGUGUCAUCCCUGUUUCCGCCAUUUACACUCCUCUCAAGCUCCUCCGCUCCCAUGUUUCUCCUCUCCCUUACUCUCCUCUCCGAUGCCGUUCUUGCCGCUCCGUCCUCAACCCAUUCUCCGUCGUCGAUUUCUCUGCCUGCGUCUGGAUCUGCCCCUUCUGCUUUAAUCGCAAUCCCUUCCCACUCAACUAUUCCUCCAUCUCCGAGAACAAUCUGCCUCCGGAGCUCUUCCCUCACUCCACAACCGUCGAGUAUCUAUGUGGUUCCUCCUCGUCGUCUCCUUCUCCUCCCGUGUUUCUCUUCGUGCUCGAUACGUGCCUUAUCUCCGAGGAAUUGGACUUUCUCAAGUCCUCUCUCUCUCAGGCUCUCGGUCUGCUUCCUGAUUCCUCUAUCAUCGGUCUCAUCACGUUCGGUUCCCAUGUCCAUGUCCACGAGCUCGGAUUUCACCAUUGCUCCAAGUCCUAUGUCUUCAAAGGUCACAAGGAGUUGACAAAGGAUCAGCUGCUUGAUCACUUGAAUUUCUUCCUCAAGAAUCCUAAGCCUUCUUCUGGUGUAAUUGCGGGUGCCCGCGAUGGACUCUCUUCUGAAGACAUCGCCCGCUUUCUCUUGCCGGCUUCUGAUUGCCAGUUUACGCUUCAAUCCGUUCUGGAGGAGCUAAGGACUGAUCCCUGGCCUGUUGAAGCUGAUGAACGCCCUUCCAGGUGCACCGGUGUUGCCCUCAGUGUUGCUGCUGGUCUGUUAAGGGCUUGCUUUCCUGGGUCCGGUGCUAGGAUUAUGGCCUUUGUAGGUGGUCCUUCUACUGAAGGAGCUGGAGCUAUUGUGUCGCGGAAUCUUUCUGAACCAAUUCGUUCUCACAAGGAUAUUGAUAAGGAUUUUGCUCCCCAUUAUCACAAGGCCAUCGAGUUCUAUGAAGGGCUUGCCAAACAGCUUGUUCAUCAGGGUCAUGUUCUUGAUGUUUUUGCUUGUGCCGUGGAUCAGGUUGGCAUUGCGGAGCUUAAAGUUGCAGUCGAGGGGACAGGCGGAUUUGUCGUGCUUGCUGAAAGUUUCAACCACUCUGUAUUUAGGGAUUCUCUGAAGCGUGUAUUUCAGUCAGGUGAAAAUAAUGAUCUUGGGCUGUCCUCAUGUGGUAUUUUUGAAGUUAACUGUUCAAAGGAACUUAAAAUUCAAGGAGUGAUUGGCCCUUGUGCAUCUCUUGAGAAGAAAGGACCAUUAUGCUCUGACACCAUAGUGGGUCAAGGGGGCACAAGUGCAUGGAAGAUGUGUGGCCUUGACAACAGCACAUCCAUAUGUUUGGUUUUCGAAGUUGCCAGAAAGGAUAAACCUGAUGUUGCUUUAUUGUCGCAAGGCAAUCAACUUUACUUCCAAUUUUUAACAUACUAUCAGCACUCAAAUGGUCAAACAAGACUCCGUGUUACAACAUUUUCGAGAAGAUUGGUAGUAGGAACUGGAAGCAUACAGGAGUUGGCUGCGGGUUUUGACCAGGAAGCAGCUGCUGUAGUCAUGGCACGCCUUGUUUCUUUCAAAAUGGAAACUCAGGUUGAGUUUGAUCCUGUGAGGUGGAUAGAUAAAUCUUUGAUAAGUUUGUGUUCCAGGUUUGGAGAUUACCAGAAGGGUUCUCCAGCUUCCUUUACCUUGUCUCCUCAGUUCUCAAUUUUCCCACAGUUUAUGUUUAACUUGCGCCGAUCUCAGUUUGUUCAGGUCUUUAACAACAGCCCAGAUGAGACAGCUUAUUUCCGAAUGAUAUUGAAUCGAGAGAACGUGUCUAAUUCAGUUGUGAUGAUUCAACCUUCAUUGAUUUCCUUCUCAUUCCAUUCCGAACCAGAGCCGAUUAUUCUCGAUGUGUCAUCCAUUGCAGCCGACAGAAUUCUGCUAUUAGAUUCAUAUUUCACCGUUGUGAUCUUCCACGGAAUGACAAUUGCCCAGUGGCGGAAAGCUGGAUACCAUAAUCAACCUGAACACCAGGCAUUUGCACAUCUAUUGCAAGCUCCUCGUGACUAUGCAAACGUAAUUAUCAGCGAAAGGUUCCCUUCACCACGUCUUGUGAUAUGUGAUCAGCAUGGUUCACAGGCUAGGUUUCUUCUUGCAAAACUGAACCCUUCUGCGACAUGCAACACUGAUGCUCCUAUUGGAGGGGGAGGGGACAUUAUUUUCACAGAUGACGCUAGCUUUGAGGUGUUCCUUGAUCAUCUCCAACGAUUAGUGGUUCAAUGCUGAAAAUGUCUGUUAAGACAGAGAUUAAGAUUAGAGAUUACUUGCUGAAAAAAGAAACACACAAACUCAUCCA